AUGUACAGUGGGGAGGAGGGGCUUGUGUUAGUAAUGCCAGCGCUGUGCUUGCUGCUGGCCACGACGGCUAUACCCACUGUAGCCGCUGUAUUUCCUUCGCACUUUGGCAGCUGCCACAGCACGCUCAGCACUGUGCCUACUGCAGCUCGGCUCUCCGACUUGACAUCAUCAACACCAUCAACACCAUCAACACCACCUUGCAAUUGUGCCAAAUCUCAUCUCACAAUCGACAAAAUGGCCUCUGCUCUCCUCCGAACCACCCCUGCCGUUCGCGCCGGCCUCCGCGCCGCCUCUAAGCCCGCCGCCGCCAUGGCCUCGACCAGCUUCGUCCGCGGCAAGGCUACCCUGCCCGACCUGCCAUAUGACUAUGCCGCCCUCGAGCCCGCCAUCUCUGGCAAGAUCAUGGAGCUGCACCACUCCAAGCACCACCAGACCUACGUCAACGGCUUCAACGCCGCCGUCGAGGCCCUCUCCGAGGCCCAGGCCAAGAACGACGCCAAGGCUGCUGCUGCCCAGGCUCCCCUCCUCAACUUCCACGGUGGUGGCCACGUCAACCACUCUCUCUUCUGGGAGAACCUUGCCCCCAACGGCAAGGGCGGUGGUGGUGAGCCUGCUGGCAAGCUUUCCACUGCCAUUACCGAGGACUUUGGCUCCUUUGACAACCUGAAGAAGCAGACCAAUGCCGCUCUCGCUGGCAUCCAGGGCUCCGGCUGGGCCUGGCUCGUCAAGGACAAGACCUCGGGCACCCUCAGCGUCGUCACCCGCCCCAACCAGGACCCCAUUGCCGGCAACCUGGAGCCUCUGCUGGGCAUCGACGCCUGGGAGCACGCCUACUACCUCCAGUACGAAAACCGCAAGGCCGAAUACUUUAGCGCCAUCUGGGACGUUGUCAACUGGGGCACUGUUGCUAAGCGCUUCGAGAAAUAA